GUCACAAUAUUUAUGCGACCCUAAAGUUAAGUUAACAGACAUUAAUCAGUACAACAAAUAUCUAAUUUCUAAACUUCUUCACUCUAUAUAUUCACAAAACAAACCAACUCUAAUCAUUCAAGACCCCUCCAAUAUUAAUUUUUCAUUCAAAUAACUCAACAAAACCACCACCAUAAUGCCAGAAACCAACGAUCAUUUCACCAAGCACAUAGCAGUUCUCGCAUUUCCAUUUGCAACCCAUGCAGCUCCUCUUCUCAGCCUUGUUUUCAAGCUCUCAAAAGCUUCCCCUCAUGCAAGAUUUUCAUUCUUCAGCACUGCUCAGUCCAACUCCGCCAUUUUUAAAGAGUAUCAGCCUUCUGAUGGCUCUGUGAAGCCCUAUAAUAUUGAAGAUGGAAUUUCGCCGGAUUAUGUUUUCUCAGGGAACCCUCUUGAGCCUGUGGAGAUGUUCUUGAAAGCUACUCCGUGGAAUUUUGAGAGGGCUAUGAAAUCAGCUGUGAAAGAUUGUGGAAUGCGGUUUAGUUGUAUUAUUACGGAUGCUUUUUUCUGGUUCGGUGCUGAUAUGGCGCGAGAUUUGCAGAUUCCUUGGGUUGCUCUGUGGACUGCUGGACCUCGUUCUGUUAUCAUGCACCUUGAAACUGAGGUUAUUAGAGAUAAACUGGGAAUUAAUGCUGGAGGAACUAUCCAAUUAGACAAAACACUGAACUUCAUUCCAGGAUUUGAAAGCCUACCUGCAACUCACGUACCUGAAGAUGUAAUAACAAAAGACCUGACUGCACCAUUUCCAGCAAUGUUACACAAAAUGGGACUAAACCUACCAAAAGCAGCUGCAGUUUGCAUUAACUCGUUCGAAGAAAUCGACACUAUUCCGCUCAAUAAUCUCAAAUCGACACUCGAAAAUUUUCUAAACAUCGGUCCGCUUCUACUAACACCACCGCCCCAGAUACCCCACGAUCCGCAAGGCUGUCUAGAUUGGCUAGACAACAAAAAACAAGACUCUAUAGUCUACAUUAGCUUCGGAAGCGUGAUAGUUCCGCCCCCUCACGAGCUAACAGCGUUAGCAGAAGCGCUAGAGGAUGGUGGAUUUCAUUUUAUCUGGUCGUUCAGAGGAAACCCUAACGAGAAACUACCGAAAGGGUUUCUCGACAGGACUAAAGAGAACGGAAAGGUGGUUUCCUGGGCGCCGCAGCAGCAGAUUUUGCAACAUAGUUCGAUCAGGGCGUUUAUGACGCAUAGCGGAUGGAAUUCUGUGCUGGAGAGCAUUGUUGGUAGUGUGCCUUUGAUAUGCAGGCCGUUCUUCGGCGAUCAGCAGCUUAAUAGUUGGACAAUUGAAUCUGUAUGGGGCAUUGGUGUGGAGGUUGAAGGUGGGAAAAUUACUAAAGAUAGCGCGACGAAAGCAUUAGAGGCUGUUUUGGUGAAUGAAGAAGGACAGAAAAUGAAGGAUAAAGUUGAUCAUCUCAAUAAACUUGCUUUUGAUGCUGUUAGUUCAGAAGGUAGCACAACUGCUAAUUUUGAGACAUUGAUAAAUAUUGUUACUUAGUAGUUCUCAAGCUAACUUAUAUGUGUACUUUAUUGGAUUAGCUAGGCUUCUGCCAUAUCUCUUUUUUUGUUAUGUACCCAGCUAUAUGUAAUGACAAGAAAAAAAAUUACAAGUAUAAAUGAAAAAACAACUUAAGGUA